AUGGAUUGCGUGAUAGACUUGCGACCAUACUUUCGUGAGAGAAUUCAUUUUUUAGAGUUUUAUAUUUGCUCUCUUUCUAUUUCCAUCUACGCAUAUCUAUCUAUCUAUCUAUCUAUCUAUUUCAUUCAGUUAAUCUAUCUAUCUAUCUAUCUAUCUAUCUAUCUAUCUUAUUCAGUUAAUCAUCUAUCUAUCUAUCUUAUCUAUCUAUCUAUCUAUCUAUUUCAUUCAGUUAAUCUAUCUAUGUAUCUAUCUAUCUAUCUAUCUAUCUAUCUAUCUAUCUAUCUAUCUUAUUCAUUAAUCAUCUAUCUAUCUAUCUAUCUAUCUAUCUAUCUUAUUCAGUUAAUCAUCUAUCACAUUAUAUUCAUUAUCUAUCUAUCUAUCUAUCUAUCUAUCUAUCUAUCUAUCUAUCUAUCUCAGUCUGUUCAUUCUCUAUCUCAAUCUGUUCAUUAUCUAUCUAUCUAUCUAUCUAUCUAUCUAUCUAUCUAUCUAUCUAUCUAUAUAUCUAUCUAUGGCUUUUAUUAUUGCCGUCUUCUGUUCACCAUUCUCGAUGUUUGUUCUCUUUCUUCUUAUUUAUAUCAUAAUCUUUUUAUUCCUUCUUUUUCUACUUCUUCUUCUUCUUCUUGUCUAUUUGAUGUAUCUUCCUCCUUUUUUAUUCUUCUUUAUUUUUCGACUUGUGCAUCUUAUAUAUUCUCCUUUUCUUUCUUUUUUUUCCUCUUUUCCAUUUCUUUUAAUUUUAUUGUCUAUUUUAUAUAUUUUCCUUUUUUUUACAUCUUUCUUUUUUCUCCUAUUCUUUUCUAUUUUCUGUUCUUUUAUAUUUCAUACAUUGUCUUCCUUUCUUCUUCUUCGUUGGCUGCUGAUGCUGCUUUUAUCCACCUUUCUUUUUCAAUUAUUUUGACUUCUUUUUAUAUUUUCUUGUGCGCUUUACACAUUUCUUUCUUUCUUUCUUUCUUUCUUUCUUUCUUCGUUUCCUGUCUAUAUAUUUCUUCACUUCCUCUUCUUUUUCUUCUCAUAGCCUUUUUCCUUUUUGAUUCUAUUAGUCUUUCUUUUUAUAUUUUCUUGAUCAUUUCAUAUAUUUUCUUUCUUUCUUUCUUUCUUUCUUUCUUUUUCUUUUCUUGUCCAUGUAUUUUCCUGUUCCUCCUCCUUCCUUUUUCUUCUACUUGUAGCCUUUUUUCUUUUUGCUUCUUUUGUUCUUCUUUUUAUAUUUUCUGGUCCAUUUUAUACAUUCUUCUUCUUCUUCUUCUUCUUCUUCUUCUUCUUCUCUGCGCGGCGUGUCUUUUAGGUUUUUCUUUGGCGGCAAUCUUACCGCCUGUUCUUUCGAGUGGAAAGUCGAUUGCCACCCCUACCCACCUACACACACCUACCCCGCAGCGCUCGCCGCCAAUUUUAUAUACCCCCUUUAUUUCUGGGCUUUUCUUUCUUUCUUUCUUUCUUUGCUUUCCAGUUUCAACAGCCUUUUCUUUCUUUCUUUCUUUCUUUUUUCUUUCUUGUAUUCUUUGUAAAUUAAUCCUUACGAAUUAUCUUUCUUCUUUCUUUCUUUUAUUAAUAAUUCUUUGGGGUCGCUUUUCUUUCUUUCUUCCAAAUGAAUUCUUCGAACACGUUCUUUCUUUCUUUCUUUCUUUCUUUCUUUCUUUCUUUCUUUCUUUUCCCUGUACAGAUUCCUUUUCUCUCUUCUUCUUUCUUUUUUUAAUUUUCAAUCGCUCAUUCCAAAUUGACUCUUUAUUUGUUUGUUUGUUCCUUUCUUUUUCGCCUGAAACACCUUUUCUUUCUUUCUUUCCUUCUUUCUUUCUUUCCUUCUUUCUUUUUUUCUUUCUGCUCUCUUUUUUAAUUGUUUCUCGCUAUUCAUUUUCCUUUUCUUUUAUAUUCUAUUUCAACUCAUUCUUUCUUUCUUUCUUUCUUUCUUUCUUUCUUUCUUUCUUUCUUUCUUUCUUUCUUUCUUUCUUUUUUCCAGUCUCAAACUUCCUUGAUUUCUUUCUUUCCUACUUUCUUCAUUUUUCUCCUCUCAAAAUCAUUUUCUUUCUUUCUUUCUUUCUUUCUUUCUUUCUUUCUUUCUUUCUUUCUUUCUUUCUUUUCGCCUAA